AUGAGACACGUCGCGAUCCCUCUGGCCGCCACCGGUCUGGCCACCCUCGUCGCCGGGCUCACCCAGCAGUGCAGCGGCACCGCCUCCAACGAGGGCGGCAACUUCUUCUGCGGCGCCGUCGACCAGAUCCUCUACCAGGGUAUCGGCAAGCCCGGCACCUACCAGGCCGUCACCGGCAUGACCUCGUCCGGCGAACUCCCCCCCUUUGACGAGGGGCUCUCUGUUCACUUCCGUGGACCCCUCCAGCUCAAGGAAUUCGCCGUCUACACACCCUCCAAAAAGGCGAAGCGUGAGCCCACGCCGCAGCAGCAGCGUCGCGAGCAGUCCGCCGGAGCCCACGGCCACGGCCACCAGCGUUUCCACGAGGCCAGGAAGGAGAAGCGCGCCGACUGGGUGACGGCCACCAUCGACGGCAAGAUCGUGUCCUGGGAGAACAACUGGUUCGGCGGCGGCACGCCAGCCACCUCGACCCCGAAGCCCGUGCCCGCCGCCGCCGCCCCCACGCCGCCCCCGGCCAACUCCAAGGCCGCCGCCGCGCCCCCGGCCCUGCCCAAGUCCAAGCCGCCCACCGGAGGAGGCUCCUCCCCCUCGGGCAAGGACUGGGACCGCACCUCGUACUACAGCGCCGAGUCGCAGCAGGCCGACAACCUCGUCUUCCUGGGCAACUACGGCGGAGCCGGCUCCGGCACCUUUGACACCACCUGGGGCAACUCGCUCGCCUUCCUCAACGCCCAGGGCAACGGCGGCGCCUCCUCGUCGCAGGUCCUCGCCGACGGCUUCGAGGGCGCAAACAAGAUCUUCCUCUUCCACUUCAAGAUGCCCCUCGACGGCGACCGCGGCUUCAACGGCGACAUGCCCGCCAUCUGGGCGCUCAACGCCCGCGUCCCGCGCACCGCCCAGUACAACAAGUGCAGCUGCUGGCCCGCCUGCGGCGAGUUUGACUUUUUCGAGGUGCUCGCCCGCGGCGACGACAAGUGCAAGAGCACCGUCCACCUCGCCGCCGGCGCCGGCGCCGGCGGCUCCUCCGACUACUUCCGGCGGCCCACCGAUGCCUUUGUGAAGGGCGCGGUGGUGUUUAGCGCCGAGAGCGGCGUGUCGGUGCGAUUGCUGCCAAAGGGGACGGACUUUGCAAAGGGGCUGGACGCGAAGGCGGUGGAGGGGUGGUUGGCGGCGGCGCCGCAGAAGGAUGGUGGUGUCGCGGGCAAGAUCGUCUCGAGCGUCUUCCAGGUUGCUGGCGGCCUCUUGGGGUGA